AUGACGGCCACAGCUGCAGUGGAGACACCAAAAAUGGAGAAGAGUGCCUCCAAGGAAGAGAAGCAGCAUCCAAAGCAGGACAGUACCGAGCAGGGCAAUAAUGAUUCUGAAGAGUGGAUGAGCUCUGAGAGUGACCCUGAACAGUUGAGCCUUAAGAGCAGCAACAACAGCAGCUGCCAACCUGGAGAUGGUCAGCUGAAGAGAAAGGAGAUGCCCUCCAAGCCACACCGCCAGCUCUGUCGAUCACCCUGCCUGGAUCGUCCAAGCUUCUCCCAGAGCAGCAUUUUACAGGAUGGUAAGCUCGACAUAGAGAAGGAAUAUCAAGCCAAGAUGGACUUUGCUCUAAAGCUGGGCUAUGCUGAGGAACAGAUUCAAUCAGUGCUGAAUAAACUGGGUCCAGAAUCACUUAUAAAUGAUGUAUUGGCAGAGCUUGUCAGACUUGGGAACAAAGGUGACUCAGAAGGGCAGGUCAACUUGAGUCUGUUAGUGCCCCGUGGGCCUGGCUCCAGAGAGAUUGCAAGCCCUGAAUUGUCUCUUGAAGAUGAAAUAGACAAUAGUGACAAUUUGAGGCCAAUUGUCAUUGAUGGAAGUAAUGUGGCUAUGAGUCAUGGGAAUAAAGAAGAGUUCUCCUGUAGAGGAAUACAACUUGCUGUGGAUUGGUUUCUAGAAAAAGGCCACAAGGAUAUCACUGUAUUUGUGCCUGCUUGGAGAAAGGAGCAAUCCCGCCCUGAUGCACCAAUUACAGAUCAAGAUAUUCUACGUAAACUGGAGAAGGAAAAGAUUCUUGUCUUCACACCAUCCCGAAGGGUCCAGGGCAGAAGGGUUGUCUGCUAUGAUGACCGGUUCAUAGUCAAAUUGGCUUUUGAUUCUGACGGCAUCAUUGUAUCCAAUGAUAACUACAGAGACCUUCAAGUUGAAAAGCCAGAAUGGAAGAAGUUUAUAGAGGAGCGGUUGCUGAUGUAUUCUUUUGUGAAUGACAAAUUUAUGCCUCCAGAUGAUCCUUUAGGACGUCAUGGACCAAGCCUUGAAAAUUUCUUAAGAAAGAGACCUGUCGUUCCCGAGCAUAAGAAGCAACCAUGUCCUUAUGGCAAAAAAUGCACCUACGGCCACAAGUGCAAAUACUACCAUCCGGAGCGGGCCAACCAACCCCAGCGUUCGGUGGCUGAUGAGCUCCGCAUCAGUGCCAAACUAUCCACAGUGAAAACCAUGAGCGAAGGCACCCUAGCCAAGUGUGGUACAGGGAUGUCUAGCGCCAAAGGUGAGAUAACCUCAGAGGUCAAACGUGUGGCCCCCAAGCGCCAAUCAGAUCCCAGCAUCCGGUCUGUGGCUGUGGAGCCUGAGGAAUGGCUGUCCAUUGCCCGUAAGCCUGAGGCCAGCUCUGUCCCCUCACUUGUGACCGCCCUAAGUGUUCCCACAAUCCCACCCCCCAAAAGCCAUGCAGUGGGUGCACUCAACACCCGUUCGGCCAGCAGCCCAGUGCCAGGAUCCUCUCAUUUCCCCCACCAGAAGGCCUCAUUGGAGCACAUGGCCAGCAUGCAGUACCCCCCUAUCCUGGUUACCAACAGCCAUGGGACCCCUAUUAACUAUGCUGAGCAAUACCCAAAGUUUGAGUCCAUGGGGGACCAUGGCUACUAUUCGAUGUUAGGCGACUUCUCCAAACUGAACAUCAACAGCAUGCACAAUCGAGAGUACUACAUGGCUGAAGCAGACCGGGGGGUGUAUGCUCGGAAUCCCAAUCUCUGUCCUGACAGCCGCAUGAGCCAUACCAGGAACGACAACUAUUCCUCUUACAACAACCUGUACUUGGCUGUAGCUGAUGCCCAUCCUGAAGGCAGUUUGAAGCUGCACCGCUCAGCAUCUCAGAACCGUCUUCAGCCCUUUUCUCAUGGUUACCAUGAAGCCUUAACGAGAGUGCAGAGCUAUGGCCCAGAGGAUUCCAAGCAAGCCCCCCACAAGCAAUCAGUUCCCCACUUAGCUCUGCAUGCCCAGCUCCCAGCAACUGGAGCACGAUCCAGCUGUCCUGGAGACUACCCCAUGCCUCCUAAUAUCCAUCCUGGGGCAACUUCACAGUCAGGCCGUGCCCUGGUGAUGACACGGAUGGACAGCAUUUCUGAUUCUCGCCUCUAUGAGAGCAACCCCAUGAGGCAAAGACGACCUCCUCUGUGCCGUGAACAGCAUGCCAGCUGGGACCCGCUGCCCUGUGCAACUGACUCCUAUGGCUACCACUCCUAUCCCUUAAGUAACAGCCUCAUGCAACCAUGUUAUGAGCCAGUCAUGGUACGGAGCGUGCCUGAAAAGAUGGAGCAGCUUUGGAGGAAUCCUUGGGUUGGAAUGUGCAAUGAUUCCAGGGAGCAUAUGAUCCCAGAGCACCAAUUUCAGACCUACAAAAACCUCUGCAAUAUUUUCCCUUCUAACAUCGUUCUUGCAGUGAUGGAGAAGAAUCCCCAUACAGCAGAUGCCCAGCAACUGGCAGCCUUGAUUGUUGCCAAGCUUAGGGCUGCACGUUGACGUGACAAAGGACUUGUUCCUUUAUAUACAUAUGAAUAUUAAUGCUAAUAAUACACUAAUACUAUAAUCAUAGUAACUAAUAAUUUGCAUUGCGCUUUAAAAGUUAGGAGUGUUUACAUCAUUUAAGCGCAUACCGACCCUGUGAGGUAGGUUUUACUAUAGAGAAGGCAGCUGAAACUCAGUGAGAUUAAGUGACCUACCAAGGUCAUGCUGCUAGCAAAUGACCAAGUCAAGACACACACCCAAGUCCUUUGACUCCAAGUCCCCUGUCCUUUGCACUGCACCAUGCAGGUAAUGGAGGACAAAACCCAAGGGGAAAGGCCUAAAUGCAAGAAGCCCCAAGGGAUUCCAUUACCAGUGUUUUCAAAGUACGGAUAAUAUAUCCAAUUUGAAGAGCAAAAGCAU